AUGGCAGAGCCACUCAAGUCCUUGUAUGAAAACAAGCCUGUGGAAAAGGCCAAGAAGGAUCCGAAGCGGCUGUCGGUGGAGAGGAUCUAUCAGAAAAAAACUCAGCUGGAGCACAUUCUGCUCAGACCAGACUCAUACAUUGGAUCAGUGGAGCCAGUCACACAGCAAAUGUGGGUUUACGAUGAGGUUGUGGGGAUGAACUGUCGUGAUGUAACCUUUGUCCCUGGUCUUUACAAAAUCUUUGAUGAAAUUCUGGUAAAUGCUGCCGACAACAAACAGCGGGAUGCGAGCAUGUCCUGUAUCAAAGUCAACAUUGAUGUCGAGAACAACACCAUUAGUGUGUGGAAUAAUGGAAAGGGGAUUCCUGUGGUGGAGCACAAAGUGGAGAAAGUGUACGUCCCGGCUCUCAUCUUUGGGCAGCUCCUCACCUCCAGCAACUACGACGAUGAGCAGAAGAAAGUCACGGGUGGACGUAAUGGUUAUGGCGCCAAGCUCUGCAACAUCUUUAGCACCAAGUUCACUGUGGAGACGGCCUGCAAGGAAUCCGGAAAAGCUUUCAAGCAGACCUGGUACAACAACAUGGGCAGAGCCGGGGAGGUCAGCCUCAAACCCUUCAGUGGAGAAGAUCACACUUGCAUCACCUUCAAACCAGAUCUGCCCAAGUUCAAGAUGAGCAUCCUGGACAAGGACACCGUGGCUCUGAUGACGCGCCGGGCCUAUGACAUCGCUGGUGCCACCAAAGGAGUCCGCGUGUUCCUCAACGGCACACGGCUGCCGAUCGUGAAUUUCCGCAGCUAUGUGGACAUGUACGUGAAGGACAAAGUUGAUGAGCUGGGGCAACCCUUGAAAGUAGUCCAUGAGGCCGUCAAUAGCCGUUGGGAGAUCUGCCUCACCAUGAGUGAAAAGGGUUUCCAACAAGUCAGCUUUGUCAAUAGUAUCGCUACAACCAAGGGUGGAAGACACACAGACUAUAUUGCAGACCAGGUCGUUUCAAAGCUCAUCGAUGUCGUGAAGAAGAAAAAUAAAGCUGGGGUUAUUGUCAAGCCUUUUCAGGUGAAGAACCACAUCUGGCUGUUUGUAAACUGUCUUAUCGAGAAUCCAACCUUCGACUCUCAGACCAAAGAGAACAUGACUCUGCAGCAGAAGAGUUUCGGCUCCACCUGCCCCCUCACCGACAAGUUUAUCAAGCAGGCUACUUCAUGCGGCAUCGUGGAAAGUGUGAUGAACUGGGUGAAAUUUAAGGCUCAGACACAACUCAAUAAGAAAUGUUCUGCCGUCAAACACACAAAAAUCAAAGGAGUGCCAAAACUGGACGAUGCUAACGAUGCAGGUGGGAAGAACUCCUCCGGCUGCACUCUCAUCCUCACUGAAGGAGACUCGGCCAAAACUCUGGCUGUGUCCGGUCUGGGGGUCAUCGGCAGAGAUCGCUAUGGCGUCUUCCCGCUUCGAGGAAAGAUGCUCAAUGUCCGGGAAGCUUCUCACAAACAGAUCAUGGAGAACGCCGAGAUCAACAAUAUCAUUAAAAUUCUUGGACUCCAGUACAAGAAAAACUACACUGACCCUGAUUCACUGAAAAGCUUGCGUUAUGGCAAGCUCAUGAUCAUGACAGAUCAGGAUCAAGAUGGCUCGCACAUCAAAGGCUUACUCAUCAACUUCAUCCACCACAACUGGCCGUCACUGCUGCGUCACAACUUCAUCGAAGAGUUCAUCACUCCCAUCAUCAAGGCAUCUUUUAAGAAAACUCAGAUGUGCUUCUACAGCAUUCCUGAAUUCGACAAAUGGAAAGAAAGCCAGGCGAACAGCAAAUCUUGGAAAAUCAAAUACUACAAAGGUUUGGGUACUAGCACGUCACAGGAGGCCAAGGAAUACUUCUCAGAUAUGCAGAGACAUCGCAUUCCUUUCAAGUACGCCGGGCCUGAGGAUGAUGAAGCGAUUACACUUGCCUUUAGCAAGAAGAAAUGUGACGAACGUAAAGAAUGGCUCACAAAGUUCAUGAUCGACAGACGACAGCGCCGCGAGCACAACCUGCCAGAGGAUUAUCUUUACGGCCAGGUCACCAAAUCCCUCUCCUACAACGACUUUGUCAACAAGGAACUGGUCCUCUUUUCCAACUCUGACAACGAGCGCUCCAUCCCCUGCCUGGUCGACGGCCUCAAACCUGGCCAGAGGAAGGUGGUGUUCUGCUGCUUCAAGAGGAACGACAAACGUGAGGUCAAAGUGGCACAGCUGGCUGGUUCAGUGGCUGAGAUGUCCGCCUACCAUCACGGAGAGGCUUCCCUGAUGAUGACGAUUGUUGGUUUGGCCCAAAACUUUGUGGGCAGCAACAACUUGAAUCUCCUGCAGCCUCAGGGUCAGUUUGGUACUCGCCUGCACGGAGGAAAGGACUCUGCCAGCCCUCGAUACAUUUUCACCAUGCUCAGUCCUUUGGCGCGACUCGUUUUCCCACAAAUGGACGACAAUUUGCUGAAGUACAACUAUGACGACAACCAGCGCGUGGAGCCAGAGUGGUACAUCCCCAUCAUCCCCACGGUGCUGGUGAACGGUGCGGAGGGCAUCGGCACCGGCUGGGCCAGCAAGAUCCCCAACUAUGACAUCCGAGAGAUCAUCAGCAACAUCCACCGCAUGCUCAACGGAGAGGAGCCCCAUCGCAUGCUCCCGAACUACAAAGGCUUCAAAGGCACAAUAGAACAAGUCAUGGACAACACUUUCUUAAACAGUGGAGAGGUCUCAAUUAUUGACUCUGAGACCAUUGAGAUCUCUGAAUUGCCAGUGAAGACGUGGACACAGUCCUACAAGGAGAAUGUUCUGGAGCCCAUGUUGAACGGGACAGAGAAGGUCCCUCCUCUGAUCACAGAUUACAAAGAGUACCACACAGACACCACAGUGCGCUUCGUGGUCAAGAUGACGGCACAGAAAAUGAGUGAGGCGGAGGCUGCAGGACUUCAUAAAGUCUUCAAGCUCCAGAACAGCCUCACCUGUAACUCGAUGGUGCUCUUCGACCAUGUGGGCAGUCUGAAGAAAUAUGAGUCUGUCGAAGAAAUCCUUAAGGAUUUCUUUGAGCUCAGGAAGAAGUACUAUGUACUUCGGAAAGACUGGAUGACUGGAAUGCUGGGAGCCGAGAGCUCCAAGCUCACCAAUCAGGCCCGCUUCAUCCUGGAGAAGAUCCAAGGCACACUGGUCAUCGAAAAUAAGCCAAAGAAGGAGCUCAUCAGUAUGCUUCAGAAGAUGGGCUACGACUCUGACCCUGUGAAAGCCUGGAAACAAGCUCAAGAAAAGAAUGAAGAAGAGAUGGAGGAGGGCGGAGAAGACGAGGAGAAAGAAGACUCAACAGGACCAGACUACAACUACCUUCUGUCUAUGCCCAUGUGGUACCUGACCAAAGAGAAGAAAGACGAGCUGUGCAAACAAAGAGAUGCCAAGCUCACAGAGUUAAACACCCUGAAGACCAAGGCUCCUGCUGAUCUGUGGAGGGAAGAUCUCUCUGCCUUCUCUGAGGAACUAGAGCGCCUUGAAGCCAAAGAAAAGGAGCUAGAGUCUGCACCGCCAAAGGGAGCAAAAGGCAAACUCCUGAAAGUGAAAAAGGAGACUCUUCCAACCCCACAAGGUCGACGCGUGGUUCCCAGAGUCACCAGCACCAUGAAGGCGGAAGCUCACAAGAAGAGAGGGGCGGGCAAGAAAGUCAAGAGCGAAGACGUCGUGAUGAAAAUGGAAUUUGGGGACGAUGGCGAACCCAUGGAUGUAUCCAACGAUGGUCCAGCUGUGCCCCCUGCCAAGAAAGCAAGGGCCCCAAAAAAGGUCAAGGCAGAGAACGAGGAGCCGGCGGAGGAGAUGGGACUCGCAGCACGUCUCGCCACAAAGAGCAAAGCAAAGGCACCUUCCAAAUCGGGGAAGCAAACCACCCUCUUGUUCAAACCUGCAGAAAAGAAAGCAAAGAGGAACGAAGGGUCAGAAUCAGAGGGAGGAUCCGAUGAUGAGGAGGGGUCUGACGAGCCGGUUGCUCCGAGGGAGAAGGUCGAACGCAAAACGAAAGCUCCGGUCAAGUACAGCCUGUCCAGCGAUGACAGUGGGGAUGACUUUGACGACUGGGCAAAGAAACCCAAGACCAGCAGGAAAGUGAUCAGCGACGACGACGACAGCUUCGCUCCGGACCAGAGCCUGAACAUCAGUGACCCGGACUCUCCCGUCCGCAAACCUCCUGCUAAGAAACCAGCGAAAUCCACGACGGAAGACAAAUUAAGUUCUUCUGACAAUCAGGAUGCACCCGCAGCGUCCAAACCAGCGGCGAAACCAAAAGCAGCGGCGGCGAAGAAACCUGCAGCAACGAAGAAGACUGCGGCGCCCAAGAAGAAGACUCUCGGAGACACAAAGCAGCCCUCCAUCCUGGACGCGCUGUCGAAGCCCAAGCCCAAACCCAAAGCCGUCGACAAGAAAGUUCCCACCUUUGACUCCAGCGACUCUGAGGUUGAGGCUCCCGCUGCGAAGGCGGCCAAACCCGUCCUCAAGCGCAAACAGGCCAUCAGCGACGACUCCGGCAGCGAAUCGGACAACCUGAUGGCCCGCCUCAAGUCCAAAACCACAGCUGGGAGCAAGAAAACGAAGAAAUGGGACGAGGAGGAUGACAGCUUUAACAUUUCUGUAGAAGUGGGAGCUCCAGCGCGAGGAAAAUCAAAUCGGGCCAAAAAAACCACCAACUACGUCAUCGAUUCUGAUUCAGACGAAUGA